AGCGCCGAGUGGAACAUGCAUAUGGGCAAGCAACGCAAACUGCUGCUGUUUUCAGGAUUGUUUGGUGAGUUCCAGUUUGUGGAUUCAAGUGAAGUCAAGCUAUGGAUACACUGGAUGAAAUUACAACCGCCACACUUAAAGAUGCAAAUAUUGGAGAAGACAUACUGCCUUCACUCUCCAGAGAUGACAUCAAAGAUCUGUUUCCUGGUCCUCAAAAUUUCCUCAGGCGUCGGGCUCUAUGGCUUGUGGUAAAUAAACAAGAGGAAGAGACUCAUGCUGAGAAAGUACCACCAUCAACCACUAGAGCCAGUGACCUCUCCCAAGAGGAGCCCAACACUUCGAAGUUUGUGACGAUAUCCAACCCAGAAUAUAUAGUCUUCACAGACAGUGAGCUUGAACAAGCACGGCGCUACUACUUUGAGCAGAAACGACUGGGGACAGACCACGUUGAGCCUUUAUCAAAGGACCUCUUCUGCCGACUCAUCAGAAACACAAUGACUAACAUGAUUUCAAUAGCAAGAGCCACUGAGGACUUCAGAUACCCCAGCAAACAUGAGGUGAAUGCUAUGGCGAAGCGAUUGGUGGAGUACUACCCGAUGAUAACAGGAAGGUGUGGUGAAUGGGAGCACGUUGCUAAAAAGCUCAUGAAGAGACUCUCAAAUGUCAAAAGUCCAAGAAAGGCUAAGGGCCCUCCUUCCAAGAAGCCACGACAGGAUGGGGAUGCAGAUGCUGCAACAACUGACUACGAUGGAGAUUCCAGUGGAUCAACUAUUAUUUUAUCACCUGUUCGAGCCAGCACCCCAGUGGAACAACAGGGUAGCAGUGAUGAAGCAUCUCCUUCAACUGACUUCUACAGCAGCCAGAAAACCCAGGCAAGACACUACAAGACUCUCCAACAAUUGUACAAGACCAAGAAGCCGAACAAAGCUGCAGUGACCCAACUAAUGGACCUGGAGUUUCAGUCUAGAAGACUCUUCAUAGACUCCGAUGCUGUAAAGGAACAAGACAGACCAACAAAGAUUCUCGAAGCUUACCCAUGUUUCAGAGAAGUGGAUCAUGUUUUGGAUGAAUUGCGGAGAAUUAUUCAACCAUCCAAUUCCCGGUACAUCUCUGAGAUGAAGGAAAGAUGGGAAAACUUCUACUCAAAGGUGCAGUUCUAUGGUGUGAUGAAAAAACUCGUGAAGCCUCCAAACACAUUGAAUGGAGUGGAGCAUGCCACAGCUGUAUUCAGAGCCCUGCCACAGCUCUUCCCAUCCAGCACUGUGCCUCCUAAGAAGUUGGGUGCCAGCAGUGAGGCUCUUUUCCAUGUCCUUACGACUUCAGAAGACCCUGAUUGUUUCCUGCGCCAGCGACCUCUGUCUUGUCCAUUUGUGCUUGUCUCUGAAGACAACUGCAUGAUCGCCGUGGGAAGCACACCAGUGACUACGUUCGACCGGGAGGAUCUUUAUGAGGGACUGCUCUAUGUCAUGGCAUAUUAUUAUGCCCUCCACCUCACGUACCCAAAGUGUAUUUCCACACUACUGUCUGUACUGCAAACUGAAAUUCUUCAAGAUUCCAUCCAUGACCGAGAUUCAACCCCCUCCUACAAAAAAGCUCUUGCUGAGUGGAAGUCAUUCAUUGAGUGAGUUUGUCUUUUCUUGUUUUUUCCUUCUCUAUGCCAUGAAGGUGUUUCAAAAAAAGUUAGUCAAAUGUUAGCCACAUGUUUGUUGGUGUCAUUUUAAAUUAGUUCUUCUGAGAUACUUUGCAAACCAGCAGUGGGAAUGUCUUUUCUUUUAACAUACAUAUGGUGCUGGAAUCCUUUUUGACACUGGCAGCUAGAAUGUUACAUAAUUGUUAUGUUGCUAGAAUAAUGGAAUACACACUUUUUGACAGUUGCAGUGUUGUAUCCUGUUAAAAUAUCUGGAAUAAGUACUUGUGACUGACAACGUUGUACUGUAUAGUACUAUGUUAAAGUAGUUGGAAAAUGCACUUCUUGAGAGUGGCAGUUGGAUUUAUUAUGCAGUUGUUGGACUUGAGUGAUGUCAAACUCAGCUGUCCUGAUUUGCUUUAGUAAAAAAUGAAUAAAUGAAGAAUGCUUCUGGUGACUUAAUUUAAGAAAAAGUAGCUUGUUUGUCGUAUCCUUUUGGAAGAAAUUGUGUCUUAUACUAAGCUACUUUUAGCUAAUUAUUAUUCUUAUUGUUGAGGUAUAAUUUCUCAAAAUCAGUUCAAUCAAGAAUGAAAAUGUUCUGUUUCAAGAAAAUUUGUCCUAUUGUAAGCUUUUUUUAUUAACUGAAAAUCUUAAUUAAGGUAUAAAUUCUUAAGUUAAGUAAAACAUUCUUAAAGUCAGCUUCAUCAA